AUGGUCCUCCUUACUGCCACACCUCGCAUUCUAUCUGCCAUCUCCUCCCUCUCCUCGAGUGACCGCUCGUCUCUGGCCACCGUAAACUUGCCCACGACAUGCGGGCAGGCAAUCGAGCACACCACCCUCAUCGCCAUAUCCCGUCUCAGUAAAACAAUCACUCUCAACAGUCUCCUCCGCGGUACCCGCAUCUAUGUUCCUCCACCGCCGCCAAAACCCCAGCCAUCGCCGGAAUACGUUGCUCUCAUGGCAAAAUUACGGAGAGAACAAGAACAACGCGAAUACGCCGCUCUGGUUUCCAGUUCCGUCUCCAGUUCCUUCGAUACAGGCCGAGAAGAUGAGGACGAUGACAUCUCCCCUUCACUAGUCCUCAACAUCUUCCUCAGCAUAAUCCUGUGCGCAGCAGCAAUAUUCUACUUGACACGCUGGUGGGCGAACGACGGGUUACGGGUGCUCCUGUCUCUAGCUACAGGAGUUGUGGUGGGUGUCGCGGAAGUCGGCGUAUAUGCGGCGUAUCUGAGGAAAGUCAAGAUGAGCAGGGACAAGGAGAGAAGGAAGAAAGAGCGAAAGGUCGUCCUGGGAGAGUACACUGGUACGGAAACAGGAGGAUCGUUGGCCUUGGACGCCAAGGGCACACCUGUGUCUGUCGAUGUCCAUGCGAUCAUGGAGAAAGAAGAAAUAUGGGGCAAGGGCAUUAACGGGGGUAUGAGAAGGCGUGUGAGGGAGAAAUGGCAGAAGGAUCAAGAGAAGGUUGAAACAUGA